ACCACAAACUCCAUCACCCGACCCCCACCCCCUCACACACACACACUCCCCAUGACUCCCACGACCUUUUGAACCUCCUCCAUUUUCAACACACUUGAAACCAAAGCUCAAUUUCAUCAACAUUAAAGAAGAACAAGUAGAAGAAGAAGAAAGAGAAGGUGAAUUCUGGAAGUUUCUGGAAAGGUAAUGCGAGAAUGGCUACGGUUUACAGAAACGGCACAGUUCCUAAAGGAGCUUUAAAGGUAGAUAGGCCUCUUUCGAUGAAUUCAACUUCCAAAUCUUCUUCUUUCAAAUCCAAAAACUCCGGUCCUGCUCCGGCAUCCGGUAUCCGCCGUAAAAGCACUGGCUCCGUUGCUAACUCUGCUGCUUCCACUAAGGAUGCUACCUCCGUUUCAGGACGCGUUAGAGUUGCAGUAAGACUGCGGCCUCGAAAUGCAGAGGAGAUGGUGGCCGAUGCUGAUUUUGCUGAUUGUGUGGAAUUGCAGCCUGAGCUUAAAAGGCUUAAACUUCGAAGGAACAACUGGGAUUCAGAUACCUAUGAAUUCGACGAAGUGCUUACGGAAUUUUCUUCACAAAAGCGUGUGUAUGAAGUAGUGGCCAAGCCUGUCGUUGAGAGUGUUCUGGAUGGUUAUAAUGGAACAGUCAUGGCAUAUGGGCAGACGGGAACAGGAAAAACUUACACUCUUGGACGACUUGGAGAAGAGGACACUGCUGAUCGAGGGAUAAUGGUUCGUGCAAUGGAGGAUAUUCUUGCAGAAAUAACCCCAGCAAAUGAUUCUGUCUCUGUCUCUUAUUUUCAGCUUUAUAUGGAGAGUAUUCAGGAUCUCCUAGACCCAGUGAACGACAACAUAUCAAUUGUUGAAGAUCACAAAACUGGAGAUGUUUCUGUACCUGGGGCUACUGCGGUGGAUAUCAGAGAUCAGAAGAGUUUCCUUGAACUCCUUCGCCUGGGCGAAGCUCAUCGUUUUGCUGCUAACACUAAAUUAAACACAGAGUCUUCAAGAAGCCAUGCUAUACUGAUGGUACAUGUUGAAAGGUCUGUCAAGGGAAGAGAUUCUGCUAUUUCAUCUGAAAAUGGGAGUACUUCUCACACAGCUAAAGCAUUCAAGCCACCUGUUGUGAGGAAAAGUAAGCUAGUUGUUGUGGAUCUUGCUGGCUCUGAGCGCAUAGACAAAUCAGGAAGUGAAGCACAUACACUGGAGGAAGCUAAGUCCAUUAAUCUCUCCUUGAGUGCAUUGGGAAAAUGUAUCAAUGCGUUGGCAGAGAAUAGUGCUCAUGUUCCAGUUCGUGACUCAAAGCUCACAAGGUUGCUUCGAGAUUCAUUUGGAGGUACAGCAAGAACUUCAUUGGUUAUCACGAUCGGUCCAUCUCCACGGCAUCGAGGAGAGACGGCAAGCACCAUAAUGUUUGGACAGAGGGCAAUGAAGGUGGAGAAUAUGUUGAAAAUUAAGGAAGAGUUUGACUACAAAAGUUUGUCCAGAAGGCUUGAAAUACAGCUAGACAAACAAAUUGCAGAACAUGAAAGGCAGCAGAAAGGAUUUCAGGAUGAGAUUGAGAGGAUUGCCCAAGAGGCUCAGAUUCGAAUCACUGAGGCUGAAAAAGGUUAUGCAGAGGCAUUGGAGAGGGAGAGGUUGCAGUACCAGAAAGAUUAUAUGGAUGCAAUAAGCAAGCUAGAGGAGCAAUGGGCAGAAAAUAAACAGAAGCAUGAAAAUGAAAAGGCCAAGUCCUCAAUGCUCUCUGCUUCUAUGGAAGUUGCUGAGCUUAAGAAGAAGUUUGAAAAUGAAACUCUUUUACGGAAAGCUGCAGAAGAGGAAAUUGACNCAACAAGGAGAAGUCUUGAUAGAGGAGGGACUGUAAAGCUGCCAGGCACUCUAGAUUCUCCAAUUCCUCCAUUUAUGCAUCAACACCUAGGAGAUUCAGGAGAUGGAGAGAAGGCCUCGAUGGCAAAACUCUUUGAACAAGUGGGUCUCUCAAAGAUAUUGUCAUUACUUGAAUCAGAAGAUGCUGAUGUGCAGAUUCAUGCAGUGAAAGUUGUGGCAAACCUGGCAGCUGAAGAGGCAAACCAGGAGAAAAUUGUAAAAGCUGGUGGUCUAAAUUCUCUAUUAACUCUUCUUAGAAGCUCCAAUGAUGAGACAAUUCACAGAGUUGCCGCUGGUGCAAUUGCAAAUCUUGCUAUGAACGAGACAAAUCAGGAGCUUAUCAUGUCUCAUGGAGGCAUCAGUUUGUUAUCAGUCACAGCUGCCAAAGCCGAAGAUCCUCAAACCCUACGCAUGGUUGCUGGGGCCAUUGCUAAUCUCUGUGGAAAUGAAAAGUUACAAGCAAAGCUACGAGGUGAAGGUGGAGUUAAGGCGUUACUAGGAAUGGUCAGAUGCCGGCAUCCUGAUGUUCUGGCUCAAGUUGCUCGUGGAAUUGCUAAUUUUGCAAAAUGUGAAUCAAGAGCAUACACUCAAGGAAGCAAGACUGGGAAGUCUCUCCUUAUUGAAGACGGAACCCUUCCAUGGAUUGUACAGAACGCUAAUAAUGAGGCCUCACCAAUAAGGCGUCAUAUUGAGCUGGCACUCUGCCAUUUGGCUCAACAUGAAGUAAAUGCAAAGGAUAUGCUCAAGGCUGGUGCCUUGUGGGAACUCGUUCGUAUAUCCAGAGAUUGUUCACGAGAUGAUAUAAGGACUCUUGCAUAUCGCACGCUAACUUCCAGCCCAAGUUUCCAGGCGGAACUCAAACGACAGAGGAUCGAUUAUGGUUGAACAUUUCAUGUCUUAUCGAGACAAGAUGGUUUUGAAUAUGGAGAUAUAGUUAUUAACAUAGGUAGCUGAUUCUUUUCACAGAAACGACUGUUUUAUCUUCAAGAGGUGACAUUGGUUUUCAAUCCUAUUAAACUCUCGUUGAGAUGCAGUGAGGGUUACAAGUUUGCAACUAACAGAAACAAGUGAUCUUGUAAAUUUGCGUGAAUUAGUAUGUAGGUCUCACUAGAUUAAGACCGCUAUAAAUGUAAAGCUUUGAUUUGUUUAUUCAUAUAUCAAAUGAAGCGUGUAAGAUGUCAUUUAAUGUUGCAUUCUGGAAAACAAGGUAUAUUAUUGGUUUUACAUACGAAUUCUGACGGUAUGUGCCGCAUGUUCUAUGAAAUCCUGGAACAUUUGAUGUAAAAAGAACAUGGUAUCGAAGGGGCAAUAGUUAGUUUGUGGUAAUUAUGCA